AUGGGCAUCAUCGAUACGCUCUUUCGGACCAAGCCCAUCGAGGUCAUCCACGCCGAGGAGCGCAAGGAAGAGCUGCCCCGUGAGCUCGGCCUCAUCGAUCUCAUCCUCCUCGGUAUCGGUGGUACCGUCGGGUCUGGUGUCUUUGCGACGACGGGCGACAUCAUCAGUCUGACGGCCGGCUCCGCGGCCUUUCUCUCGUGGCUCAUUGCCGGCGGCUCGUGCAUUCUCAGCUGCUUUGCGUACAUGGAGAUGAGUUCGAUCAUCCCGUCGUCCGGCUCGACGUAUGCCUACUCGUACCACAUUCUUGGCGAGCUUCCGGCAGUCAUUGCGGCGUGGCUCUUGACGCUUGAGUACGGCAUGUCGGGUGCCGGUGUCGCCCGCUCGUGGGCGGGUAAGGUCCAGGCCUGGGCCAAGGAAGACCUACCGGAAGGCUCGACCAAGGUCGACUGGCUCAACGAUGAGAACUACAGCUUCCUCGCUUGCCUCGUGAUGAUCAUGUCGGUUGCAAUCCUUCUCAUGGGCAUCAAGUUUGGCAAGAUCUUUAUCAACACGAUCACGACGACCAAGAUCGCGGUCGUGCUCUUCGUCAUCGUGGCCGGUUUCUCGUUCAUUAACACGGACAACCUCUCGCCGUUCAUUCCCGACCUCAUUCCCGCGACGGACGAAGACCCGGCGCAGUUUGGCGUCCAGGGUGUCAUGCUCGGUGCGUCGCAGGCCUUCUUUGGCUACGUCGGGUUCGAUGAGGUCUGCUGCCUCGCCGCCGAGGCCAAGGACCCGCGCCGCGUCAUGCCCCGGGCUGUCAUUGGCGUCGUGCUUGGCACGAUGUUCCUCAGUUCGUUUGCGUCGCUCGCACUCUCGUGCAUGGUCCCGUACAACGCGGACAUCCCCACCGGUAUCUACUUUUCAACGGGCUUCCAGUACGUCAACGCAAAGUGGGCCUCGACGAUCGUGCACAUUGGUGAGACGGGCACGAUGCCGGUCGUCGUCUUGAUCUCGUUCCUCGCGCAGCCUCGCCUCAUGUACGCCAUGUCGGUCGACGGUCUCUUGCCCAAGAUCUUUGGCAAGGUCGAGAAGAACGGCAACCUCUUCUGGUGCACGCUCCUCUCGGGCGGGUUCUUUACGCUCGUCGCGCUCUUCGUGCCGUUCUCGCUGCUCUGGAACAUGGUGUCGUUUGGCAUUCUGGUCUCGUUCAACAUGACCAACUCGGCGCUCGUGCUCUCGCGGACGCGCGAAGCCUCGGCCCACAUUGCGUACAAGCUCACGGGCGCGAUGGUGGCCACGGGCCUCCUCGCCAUGUUCCUCUUCCAGAAGGGCUACGUCGAGGCGGUCGAAGGCGGCAACGGGUACCUUAUCGCGUCGAUGAUUCUGCUUGCGCUUGUCUUUGUAAUCGCGACCGUCAUCUACGUCAAGUGCCCGCAGUCCGUCGGCCCCAUGGACUGCUACCGCGCGCCGCUCGUGCCGUUUGUGCCCGCGCUUGCGAUCACGAUCAACUGGUACCUCAUCGCGCAGCUGCCGACCGAGGACAUUGGUCUUGGCUUUGCGUGGAUCGGCGCGGCGAUCGUCUCGUACUUUGCCUACGGUUUCCGCAACAGCGCCGGCAAGGACGGCUGGGCCACCAUGCUCAACGACGGCUACAUUGGCCACAACUCGGUGCGCCCGUCGCUCUCGUCGAUGCUCGCCGAGAAGACCAACAACAUUCUCAGUGCCAAGGCGCCGCUCCAGGAGAACCAGCACUAG